AUGGAUAGAGAAUGGGGUUCGAAGCCUGGGAGCGGAGGCGCCGCCUCCGGCCAGAACGAGGCUAUCGAUCGCCGCGACCGUCUCCGUCGUCUUGCUCUUGAAACCAUCGACCUUGCCAAGGAUCCCUAUUUCAUGCGAAAUCAUCUUGGAAGCUAUGAGUGCAAGCUAUGUCUAACGCUGCACAACAACGAAGGAAACUACUUGGCGCAUACUCAAGGGAAGAGGCAUCAGACCAACUUGGCAAAGAGAGCUGCUCGAGAGGCUAAGGAGAAUCCUACUCAGCCACAGCCACACAAGCGCAAAGUCUCAGUUCGCAAGACAGUUAAAAUCGGUAGACCAGGGUACCGUGUUACAAAGCAGUAUGAUCCCGAGACGAAGCAAAGAUCUCUCUUGUUCCAGAUUGAGUAUCCUGAAAUAGAGGACAACACAAAGCCCAAGCAUCGUGUGAUGUCUUCAUUUGAGCAGAAAAUUGAACCUAUUGACAAGGGAUAUCAGUACCUUCUAUUUGCAGCUGAGCCAUACGAAGUCAUAGCCUUCAAGGUUCCUAGCACAGAGAUAGACAAAUCAACCCCAAAGUUUUUCAAUCACUGGGAUCCAGACUCAAAGAUGUUUACUUUGCAGGUAUAUUUCAAGCCGAACAAGCCAGAACCGACCAAGCCUCAGCCCAAUGUUGGAGCCAAUGGCCUUCUGCCGCCGCCACCACCACCGCCUCAAGCUCAACCACCACCACCUCCUCCAUCUGGUUCACUGCCACCGCCACCACCUCCAAUGGCUAAUGGGAUGAGGCCCAUGAUUCUAACACCACCACCUCCACCUUUCGGACAUCCUAACAUGUGA